AUGUUGUCGGUUGCUCCAACUCGAACCACGAUCCGUGCCUUGGGUGAUCUCUUGGAAGCCUGCAAGACCAUCAAAGCUCUCAAGCAAUUGCAUGCGCAACUGGUCCUUAACAGCCUCCACAGCCACCGCUUUCUUGGCUCUAAACUCGUCGACUCUUAUGUUCAGGUUUGUCUCCUCCUGGACGCGCGCAAAGCAUUCGAUGAAAUUCCUCAGAGGAACAACCGUUCCUGGAAUACCAUUCUUUCCGGCUACUCCAAACGUGAGUUGCCUUCAGAAACUCUGGACCUCUACAAGCUUAUGAGAAGGGAGGGGCUGCUUGGGGACACCUUCUCUCUGGUAUUUGCUCUCAAGGCUUGCAUGGAAUUGUGUUGCGUGGACGUGGGAAAGCUUAUUCACGCAGAUGCCAUCAAAAUUUGCUUAGACAGAGAUGCCUAUGUCGCCCCUAACUUGGUUGACGUGUACGCAGGAUUCGGCUGCCUGGAUGAUGCUCGCCAAUUGUUUGACGGGAUGGUUGAAAGGAACUCUGUCUUGUACGGCGUUCUGGUAAAAGGAUAUGUGAAAUCUUGUAGGGGAAGAGAGGCUAUGCAUCUCUUUUAUAAGAUUCAGGAAGAUGGUGUGAAACUAGAGCCUGUUCUUGUAAUUGGUUUUCUCCAGGCUUGUGCCUUGCUCGGUGCUAGUAGAGAAGGCAGGUGUUUGCAUGCAUAUGCAGUAAGAAUGGGGUUCACGUGCUCCAACCUGUUUUUGAGUACUUGCCUUGUCGAUAUGUAUGCGAAAUGCAGGUUGGUCAAAUGGGCAUUUCAUAUUUUUUAUCAAAUUCAGCACAGGGAUGUUGUUGCUUGGACUGCCAUGAUAUCUGGAUUUGUCUUGGACGGCAAAUCCUUAGAAGCGUUGGAUCUUUUUCGUUCAAUGCUCGUUGAGCUGGAGAUGCCAAAUGCAGUCACCGUUUCUAGUGCUCUUGCGGCCUGUGUGCAUUUGAGUGCCUGGAGAACUGGUAAGAGCAUCCAUGCUUUCUCGAUUCGCAGCGGUCUUGCAGUCAAUGUGAUCGUAGGCACUUCCUUGAUAGAUAUGUAUUGGAAAUGUGGUUGUGAGCAAUAUGCGUGCCAAGUUUUCAACGCGAUAACGGAUAAGAAUGUUUGUUCGUGGAGUGCGAUGGUUGCUGGAUAUGGAAUGCAUGGAAAGUGCCAUGAAGCACUGGCUGCAUUCGAACAAAUGAUAGCAGAAGGCCACAAACCAAAUGCAGUCAUAUUCGUAUCACUACUGUCCCUUUGUAGCCACUCUGGAUUGGUGGAUGAAGGAUGGUACUACUUUCAGUGCAUGAUCAGCGACUACGGGAUUGCACCUUCCGAAGAGCAUUAUGCUUGCAUGAUCGAUAUGUUGGCUCGAGCUGGCCAUCUUCUUGAAGCAGAAUCGUUCAUAGCGAAUAUGCCAAUUGAACCUGGUGCUAGCAUGUGGGGAGCAAUGCUGAGUGGCUGUAAGAUGCAUAAGAACAUAGAAUUGGCAGAACGAGCAGCUGAAAAGCUGUUCAUCUUGGAGCCUGACCGAGCUGAUGCAUAUGUAUUGCUCUCCAACAUCUAUGCGGAUGCAGGGUUAUGGGACCAAGUGAGAAGAAUCAGGACGAUUAUGAUAGAGAAAAUCUUCCAGAAAACUCCUGGUUGUAGCUCAUCUGUGUAA